AGUUCCCACAACAUUGAAAGUCAUGGCGGCUUCCAUCGAGAGUUUACUGGAAGAAAUCUCCGGCGUCGAUGAUCCAAUUGAAGAACUACAAUGUUUAAAAACGGCUUUAUCAUCCAUUCCUCUGCGGGACCUGAGAGACUCGGUGAGCGGGCAGAGAUUCAACGUGAUCUUCUCUCUGUUACACUCAGAUGACAAGGAGCAGGUUGAGCUGUGUGUGGGAAUCCUUGAACGCAUCUUACUGGCCCUGGGCCCCGUGACCCUGGCCCAGAGCUACAGGGCAGAGCUGCAGGGCGGGCUGACUCACCCUAAUGACACCGUCAAGAUACUGGCUCUGACGCAGAUUGGUCGAAUGGUGGAGCAUCCAGAAGCUUCCACAGAAAUCCUCAACAACCACGACAUUCUUGCAGCAACCAUCUGCUGCAUUGGGGAGGAGAGGAUGGACGUGGCAAAGCAGGCCAUUCAGUCGCUGUCCAAACUGAGUCACUCCAAGCCCGGCUUAGACAAACUGUUCCAAACCGACCUGCUGAAAGUCAUCAAGGAUGUGAUGGCCACAAGUGACAUCAUCAGAUACAGGAUAUAUGAGCUGGUGGUGGAAAUCUCGUCUGCAUCUCCCAUUUCCCUCGGUUACUGCGCCAAAAGCGGCUUUAUUGCUCUGCUGCUUGGAGAACUGACAGGAGACGAUGUAUUGACCAGAGCUACAUCUAUUGAGAUGGUCUCGUCUCUAGCGUACACUCAGCAUGGCCGCAAGUAUUUGACCCAGCAGGGAAUAAUGGAAAAGGUCUCCAACAUGAUCAAAGGAGCGGACACCGACCCCUUCUCUGCACUCUACAUUCCUGGUUUGGUGAAGUUCUUCUUAAACCUGGCCAUCAUGGACAGCCCGCAGCAGGUGUGUGAAACCUACCCGGUCUUCCAGAACAAGGUUUUUGAGAUGGCUCUGGAUCCGGACCCUGCGAUGAUCGGGGUGGCUCUGGACACUUUGGGACUACUAGGAUCUACUGUGGAGGGCAAGCAGGUCUUUCUCAAAACAGGAGAAAGGUUUAAGGCUGUGUGGUUGAGGAUGAGUAAGAUUGCUGGCGCUGGAGCUACAGAGCUCAGAGUACGCAGCCUGGACGCCAUAUCACAGCUUCUCACUCUACAGCCGGAGCAGCAGACAGAGGACCUGUUGGCCCUGACGGAGUCCUGGUUCCUUCUUUUGUCUAACCAGCCCAUGGACAUGAUCCGCAACAUCAGCACUCAGCCGUUCCCAGAGCUGCAUUGUGGGGCCAUGCGGGUAUUUACUGCCAUUUCCACUCAGCUGUGGGGUCAGAAGUUGAUGAUCAGCACUCCCAGCUUCAUGGAGUUUAUUUUGGAUCGUUCCGCGGGGCAGACAAAGGAUGCCAAAGACGCUAAGUUUGAUCUGGUGGGCUCUCUGGUGUGUUCGUCGACGGCAGCGGAGAUCCUGGGCAGCCAGCACUACAUCCGUCUGAAGAGUUACCUUCGAGAGGGGGCGUACUACAUCUCUGCUGUGGCCGCCGUCUGCACCGAGGGCGCAGACUGAUCCAACACUCAGAAACUUCUUCAGAAACAAUCAGAGUUUCUGCUUAAUGCUUAAGUACUCAGUAAGUGCCUUGUGCAAUCUAACUGUGGGUCAACAUUUUAUACUCGGCUAUUGUUAAGUGAUACAUUAUGCUGUUUUUUAUUAAACAGCAAUAAUAUUUUUUGGUAGCAAAUAAAAUAACUUUUAUGGUAUGAUUGAGGAGAUUAUAUUUAUAAGUGAAUUUAUAAUAUAUGACAAAAUCAAUGGAACCUGAGUGGUUAUUAUAAUUGGUGUUGUAGGAACAUAAUGUUUAACACACGAUUAGUUACUGAGUCUUUACUGAGUACUUAAGCAAUCAUUAAGCUAGAGGCUUAUAAUUGAUGUACGCUCAAAUGUUUACCAUUCAGUCACAAAUCCAUACCCUCAUAUUUUACAGUUCUUUUAAUCUCAUUAAUCAGACUCCCACACUACUAAUUCUUCAGAAUUGUUUUGUGUCACGAAUAUUUUUGUUAAUUAAACGGAAGGAUUUUUUUGUAAUAAAGAAGAUGCAUUCUGACGCCCUA